GUGAGACGCGUACAGAAACAAACGGCUGCAGAAAGAAACGGGACAAAAUCCCGCUACCGGAGAAAACCCUCGAGCUCCCCGCCUGUCCCCGAGUCGCUGCCCACUCCGACCGCACAUCUAGACCCAAAUAAGCGUGUGUGAUGAACGGAGCCUCAGGUGCAGGGGUGGUGACGGCCCCCCCGCCCACCAACCCCCCUCAUAAGGAGCGUUAUUUCGACCGCGUGGACGAGAGCAGCCCGGAGUACCAGAGAGAGAGGAACAUGGCACCGGACCUGCGGCAGGACUUCAACAUGAUGGAGCAGCGCAAGAGAGUCUCCAUGAUCCUGCAGAGUCCAGCGUUCUGUGAUGAGCUGGAGUCUCUGAUCCAGGAUCAGAUGAAAAAGGGGAAAACCCCCACCAGUUUGCUGGCGCUGCAGCAGAUCGCUGACUUCAUGACCACCAGCGUCCCCACCAUGUACCCCGCCGCGCCCCAGGGAGGCAUGGCAGCCCUCAACAUGUGUUUGGGGAUGGUGACUCCAGUGAAUGAUCUUAGAGGUUCAGACUCCAUCGCUUAUGAGAAAGGAGAGAAGCUCUUGCGCUGUAAACUCGCCGCGUUUUACCGCCUGGCUGACCUUUUCGGCUGGUCUCAGCUCAUCUACAACCACCUGACGGUCCGGCUGAACUCUGAACAGGAGCGUUUUCUGAUUGUCCCUUUUGGGCUUCUGUACAGUGAAGUCACUGCCUCCAGUUUGGUGAAGAUUAACCUGCAGGGGGAGAUUGUGGACAGAGGCAGCACUAAUCUGGGUGUAAAUCAGGCUGGAUUCACCCUCCACUCCGCCAUCUACGCUGCCCGGCCCGACGUCAAGUGCAUAGUGCACAUUCACACACCCGCUGGCGCCGCGGUGUCUGCUAUGAAGUGUGGUCUGCUGCCCAUUUCACCCGAGGCUCUGUCGCUGGGCGAGGUGGCAUACCACGAUUACCACGGUAUUCUGGUGGACGAGGAGGAGAACGUCCUCAUACAGAAGGACCUGGGUCCUAAGAGCAAGGUGUUGAUUUUGAGGAAUCACGGUCUGGUGUCUGUUGGAGAAACAAUCGAAGAGGCAUUUUACUACAUUCAUAACCUAGUCACAGCCUGUGAGAUUCAGGUGCGCACCCUCGCCAGUGCAGGAGGUCCUGACAACCUAAUAAUGUUGGACCCAGGCAAGUAUAAAUCCCGUCCACGCUGCCUCGAGCUGGUCGGAGACGGGUCGAGCUCGCACCCAAAGUGGCAGAUCGGGGAGCAGGAGUUUGAGGCCUUGAUGAGGAUGCUGGAUAAUCUGGGCUACAGGACCGGUUAUCCGUACCGCUGCCCUGCGCUGCGUGAUAAAGCAAAAAAGUACAGUGAUGUUGAGAUCCCCUCUUCAGCCACGGGCUACUCGUACGCUGAGGACAGUGACUCGGGUGCGCGCUCCCCGUUAAAGCACAGCUUUCAGCGGGACAAGAACCGCUGGCUAGCCUCCGGGAGGCCCGACGAAUCUGCAGAAGAGGGGCAGGACUGCAGCGGUAGCCCCAAGGUGAAGACUAAGGUGUGGACGAACAUAACACACGAUCACGUCAAACCCUUGCUGCAGUCUCUCUCAUCCGGUGUCUGCGUGCCAAGCUGUAUUACCAACUGCUUGUGGACUAAGGAGGACAGUCUCCGACAGGCUGCUGUGGCCAAUCAGUUUGUCCCUCUGAACACCAACCCCAAAGAGGUCCAAGAGAUGCGCAACAAGUACCAACCAUGUGUCAUCGUCAGUAAAACUGGACCGAACCCCUUCAACAAGCUCACAGACCAGGAGCUGGAGGACUAUCGCAAGGAAGUGGAGCUCAAGCAGAAAGGCACAGAAGCACAGGUCGAAGAUGUCACAUCCACGCAGGACACCUCCAUAAUCCCCAGCCGUGGCCCUGAAGCGGGUCAGGACAGUCCUGCGGAUCCUCCAGGACCCCCUCAUGAGGAGUUUCACUCCGCGGUGCUGGAAGCUCUGGGCUGUGAUGCUGAGUCUGAGCCGUCUGCAGGUCAGACACAGGAGGCAGAAGAGGAGACCGUUCCCAGCUCACCUGUGCUUGUGGAGGAAGAGGCCCAGCAGGAGCAGACGUUUAAAGACGAGAGUGACGCCGCCGCUUUAAGACAGACCCUCCCCGAUUUGACCCCCGACGAAGUCUCCGCCCUUCCUGCAGAAGACCCCGCCCCCGAGCAGACAGACCCCGCCCCUCAGCCAGAGGGGGAGGAGCCUGUUGCCGGGGACGAUGCGGCUGGUGAUCACGGCAGCGACGAAUCGCCCAACAAGUCCCCGUCAAAGAAGAAGAAAAAGUUUCGCACCCCGUCGUUCCUAAAGAAAAACAAAAAGAAGUCUGAAACCCAGUGAGGAAGCUUUGCUCAGGCUCUUGUUUUAUUAUUAAACACUCAGAUUGUUUUUAUUCUUUUAAUAAAUGCUUGCUGAAGUGCACUUUAAAGUGCAGCUCGUUAAGCAUGUUUUUUAUAAACCAAUAACCACCGUAAUGUAUCGCAAAUGUAUCCGAUGUUACUGUUAGAGGAAAUGAAUUGAUGAAAGACUUCCUCCUGGUGUUUAAUGAAAAUCUUUGCUCUGCUGCAUCUAUAAACACCUGGAGCGAAAUGCCUCGUAUGAUCAUAACAUCUCGCCUGACCAGAGUGUAAACAUGCUUGCGAUAAUAGAGUUUUUGGAUGGAAAUCGAAUGAGUUUUUGAAACGUGUGAAUCUCACAAAACCCGUGUAUCACACAUUUCGCUCUGAAGUCUGAGGAACGAAGACAUUCUUUGUUUUCUUUAAAGAAAAUGAAGCCUUUAUUGUGAUAUUUUCAUAACAAAUAAGCACA